CUUGUUUUGCCUCCCGUUAAUUUCACACAGGAACGCUACCACCAGGGAGCGACUCAAUUACUUCCUACGAUGCGAGACUCGAUUGCUUUGGACUGAAAACCAUAGAUCAAGAUAACCCAUGGUAACCCAUGCAAUGCUAAAAGAAUAAACGACUCGUGUCCUAACAUAAGCUUCUGUCGUCUUAAGUAUGGAAACUGACGUGAAGUCGAAGUUACCUUCAGAGCAUGCUGAUGUUCUUGGAGUUCAGUCUCAAGGGACCAAGCAGGCAGAGCUGUUCACAAGCUCUUUCCUGAAGAGGAGCCUGCCUCAUGCCAGGGGGAGCCUGGAUGAUCAGCUGCUUCGGAAGGCAGUCGUGUUGGAGUACAAUAAUCCCAAAAAGGUCAAGGCGAAAAGGAAAAAAGCCAAAGGGCUCAACGCCAGAGAAAGAAGAGAGCUGAAAGUCUUCCAAAUCAAACCAGAGCAUCACAGAUACAGUCUCUUCUUGCCACUACAUGAGCUGUGGAAACAGUAUAUACGUGAUUUGUGCAAUGGAUUGAAACCAGAAAGCAAUCCCCAGACUAUUCAGCAGAAGUUCCUGAAGGCUGAUCUCCAUGGGGCAGUAUUAACAGUGGUGCGAUCCAGAUGCCCCACGUAUGUGGGCAGUACGGGUAUCCUGGUCCAGGAGAUGAAACACGUAUUUAAAAUCAUUACAAAAGAGGACAAACUUAAAGUAAUCCCAAAGAGGAACAGCGUGUUCAGUGUGGAAAUUGAUGGCUUUGUCUCUCAUAUCUACGGGAGCAAAUUUGAGUUGCGCUCCAGUGAACGCUCUGCUAAGAAAUUUAAAGCCAGAGGGACUAUUGACCUAUAAGGCAAGGCCAGCAGUACCCACUAUUCCAGAGGUUCCUUCAGCAUUGUCCACUCAUCUUUGUGCAGAUAAGAGCAUUUCAAUAUGUUAGAAUAGCUUGUGUAGAUUCACAUGCAAUUGACUGAUGGACUCUUCAGAACCUGGCAUGUUGCUGCCUGCCUGAGCCCUUUUGUCUCUAGGCAGGAGAGUAGUUCUGUUUCCUUGGUGUAUGGUGGACUCUUGCUGUAUACAUUUUGUCCACAGGGGGGAGCUCAAUAUGCACUUUUUAUUGUGCUGCCUAGGUUUUGUUAAUGGAUGUUACCAUUUUUGAUUUUUUUUUAGAUUUUGAUGUGAAACUUUUGUGGUUUUCUAAAAUAUUUAUUUGCAAAUGUGUUUAUUCCAAUAAAAUUUUACUUUUGAAAAGGAAAA